AUGGCUUCGUCGUCUCAGACGGGCCCGACCCGUAUCUCUAUAUUAGGCAAGGAUACGAUUGUCGUCGACAAUGGCAUUUGGCUCAACCUAGUAGCGAUCGACUUGCUCCAACAUCUUCGAACAUCGACCUAUGUCCUUAUCACGGAUACUAACCUCUUUGACACUUAUGUGCCAGUUUUCGAACAGUCUUUCCGAAAAGCUCUAGCGACAAGGACUUUCCCAACUACCCCACGACUCCUGACCUAUGCCAUACCACCCGGCGAAGGAUCGAAAAGCCGUGAAACCAAGGCAGAGAUCGAAGACUGGAUGCUUUUGCAACAAUGCACUCGAGACACCGUAGUUAUAGCCCUUGGAGGAGGAGUCAUCGGAGAUAUGGUUGGUUAUGUCUCGGCUACGUUCAUGAGAGGGGUUCGAUUUGUUCAGGUCCCCACAACGUUGUUGGCGAUGGUGGAUUCCUCCAUUGGAGGUAAAACUGCCAUCGACACGCCCGUAGGUAAAAACCUUGUCGGAGCCUUCUGGCAACCGGAACGCAUUUACAUCGAUCUGGAUUUCCUGGAGACUCUGCCAACACGGGAAUUCAUCAACGGUAUGGCAGAGGUUAUCAAGACUGCGGCGAUCCGCGAUGAGGCCGAGUUUCGCAAUAUGGAAGAGAAUGCAUCGUCGAUCCUUGCAUCCGUCCAGAGUCGAAAUGCUGAACGUGGCAUGUCCCGAUCACUCGCGCCGAUAGAAGGCAUUCUAAAGCGCAUUGUGAUCGGGUCUGCCAGGAUAAAGGCGGACGUCGUUUCAAGCGACGAAAAGGAAAGCGGCCUUCGAAACCUUCUCAACUUCGGGCACUCCAUUGGUCAUGCAAUAGAGGCAAUCCUGGCCCCUCAACUCCUGCACGGCGAAGCUGUUGCUAUUGGCAUGGUGAAGGAGGCAGAGUUGGCACGGCAUCUUGGCAUAUUAGCCCCGGGGCCCGUCGCGAGACUUACAAAAUGUAUAGCUAGUUACGGCCUCCCAACCUCAGUUCACGACAAGCGUGUGGUGGAGUUGACUGCGGGAAAGCAGUGCCCAGUUGAUGUUCUGCUCGAAAAAAUGGCCGUGGACAAGAAAAAUGAAGGUCGGAGCAAGAGGAUCGUGCUUCUCUCGGCAAUUGGACAGACUUUCGAACAGAAGGCCACGGCUGUUGAGGAUAGCGCUAUCCGCGUGAUUCUUUCUCCCGCCGUGCGUUUACGGCCAGGAGUUCCUGAGGAUUUGAACGUUGUUGUGACCCCACCUGGAUCAAAGAGUAUCUCCAACCGUGCGCUGGUUCUCGCCGCACUUGCGAAAGGGUCGUGCCGAAUCAAGAACUUACUCCACUCCGAUGAUACCGAGUAUAUGUUGGCGGCGAUCAACCUUCUCGGCGGUGCCACUUAUUCCUGGGAAGACGGCGGUGAAGUCCUCGUCGUCCGAGGCAAUGGUGGGAGCUUGCAUGCGAGCUCCGAGCCUCUCUAUCUUGGGAAUGCCGGGACUGCGUCGAGGUUCCUUACGACUGUAGUGACCAUGUGCAAGCCUUCAGGUUCUACCUCCUCCACCACGCUCACGGGCAAUGAGAGGAUGAAAGUGCGCCCAAUUGGACCGUUGGUGGAGGCUCUGAGGUCCAAUGGCGUGGGCAUCAAGUUUCUGGGCAAAGAAAACAGCCUUCCCAUCGAAGUCGACGCCGCUGCAGGGUUUUCGGGCGGCUCGAUAGAGCUAGCUGCGACAGUCUCGUCCCAAUACGUGUCGUCAAUAUUAAUGGCUGCACCAUACGCCAAAGAGCCUGUCACUCUUCGACUUGUUGGUGGGAAGCCUAUAUCCCAAACCUACAUUGACAUGACUAUCGCAAUGAUGUCGACGUUUGGCAUUCAUGUGCGCCGAUCGCAAACGGAGGAAAAUACAUAUCACAUCCCCAAGGGAACUUAUCAGAGCCCUUCCACGUAUGUUAUUGAAAGCGAUGCGAGUUCUGCUACGUACCCGCUGGCGGUUGCUGCCAUUACCGGGACUACCUGCACGAUUCCAAACAUUGGGUCUGCGUCUCUUCAGGGCGAUGCACGAUUUGCAGUUGACGUGUUACGGCCCAUGGGUUGCUCCGUGAAGCAGACCGAUAAUUCCACAACAGUCACCGGACCGUCUCCCGGCGGGCUGAAGGCUCUCGACCAUAUUGAUAUGGAACCGAUGACUGAUGCCUUCCUCACCGCAUCUGUGCUGGCGGCCGUAGCUCAAGGCACCACGCGGAUUACGGGCAUCGCGAAUCAGAGAGUAAAAGAAUGCAACCGCAUUCUUGCUAUGAGGGAGCAGCUUGCCAAAUUCGGUGUUAGUGCGAAGGAGCUUGACGAUGGAAUUGAGAUAGAGGGCGUGCAAAGACAAUGUCUGAAGGAGCCAUCUGGUGGCGUAUACUGCUAUGACGACCACCGAGUAGCAAUGAGUUUCAGUGUGCUCUCCCUCGCCUGCCCUGAGCCGGUUUUGAUUCUAGAACGAGAGUGCGUGGGUAAAACCUGGCCAGGUUGGUGGGACACCCUCUCCCUGCGAUUCAAGGCCGGUUUAGGGGGGGUUGAUAGCUCCCCAUCCCAUGCAGAAGACACUUCUGGUGCGCCGGAGCGACCUCAGUCCAUUUUCAUCAUCGGCAUGAGGGGUGCGGGCAAGACGACGAUGGGACGGUGGGCAGCUCAGGUGCUAGGACGUGACUUUAUUGAUAUGGACGAAGAGAUUGAACGCCGCGCCAAGACCUCCAUACCUGACAUCGUUAGGGGUCCAAGUGGUUGGAAGGGCUUCAGAUCCAUGGAACUGAGCGUCCUGCGCGAUUUCAUCGGCCACCGAGGCCGUGAAUUAGUGGUUUCGUGCGGCGGCGGGGUGGUUGAGACUCCUGAAGCCAGAGAACUGCUUGUCGCCUUCCACAAGAGUGGCGGACUUGUUCUCUGGGUCCAUCGACCUCUUGAGGAUAUCGUGGCAUAUCUUUCUCUGGACAAAUCCCGACCAGCAUACACGGAAGACAUUCCGGGCGUUUUCCACCGCAGGCGACCAUGGUACGAAGAGUGCAGUAAUUUCCAGUACUUCAUCCCCGAUCUUCAGGGGACCGGCACAGUCGGCCAGAUCCCACCCAACUUCCAGCAAUACAUUCAAUAUAUUCUGGCAGACUCGCACCACUUGGACCAGGUCAUUCACAAGCCGCAAAGCUUUUUCGUCUCACUCACUGUGCCGGAUGUGGCGGGUGCUCUCCAAGUUCUCCCGGAUGUUAUUGUGGGCUCUGAUGCCGUCGAGCUUCGGGUAGACCUGCUUCGAGAUCAAUCUGUAGAGUUCGUCGAGAAGCAAGUGGCUCUUCUCCGCGCGGCUACCGCAAUUCCUAUUGUUUUCACAGUGAGGACAGUAUCACAAGGUGGCAAAUUUCCCGAUACUGCCUAUUCGCACAUGAGGCAAUUAUACCUCCAAGCAAUACGCAUGGCCGUGGAGUACGUCGAUGUUGAGGUGACUCUGCCCGCGGACAUUAUCCAGGAAGUGGUUUCGUCUAAAGGCCGCUCUCGCAUCAUUGCAUCUCACCAUGAUCCCCAAGGCCACCUUUCGUGGAGGAAUGCUGCGUGGGUGCAGUAUUACAACAAGGCGCUACAAUACGGCGACAUCAUCAAGCUCGUUGGUUUGGCGAAGAACUUGGGAGAUAAUUUCGAGUUGGCCAGGUUCAUAACAAGGGUGGCGUCUAGCCGCAGGACGCCCAUAAUUGCACUCAACAUGGACCGACAUGGGAAAUUAAGCCGGGUGCUGAACCGCUUCCUGACUCCCGUCUCCCAUCCUUCACUGCCUUCCAAGGCAGCGCCUGGUCAGAUGUCUGCGGUCGAAAUUCGUCAAGCCUUGUCACUUUUGGGUGAGAUUGAACCGCGACAAUAUUACCUGUUUGGCUCACCGAUAUCAGCGUCAAGAUCCCCGGCGCUACACAACUCUCUCUUCAAAUUGACCGGCCUGCCUCACACCUAUUCCUUGUUUGAAACGAACGAUUACGAAUCCCUGAAAACGAUUAUUCGCGCGGGUGAUUUUGGGGGUGCCUCCGUCACGAUACCUCUGAAAAUUGAUGUACUUGACCUGGUCGACGAAGUGACAGAGGCAGCCCGGUUGAUCGGUGCCGUCAAUACUCUGAUCCCUGUCAGCAAGGGCGACACGGAAAGUCUUUUCAUCCGUGGUGAUAAUACUGACUGGAUGGGGAUGGUCCACACUUUGAAAACCGCUGGCCUAGAAGAUCAACCAAGUGGCAGUGGGCAUCCCAGUCCCGGCUUAGUUGUGGGGUCUGGUGGCACAGCGCGUGCUGCGAUAUAUGCGUUGAACUCUCUUGGCUUCUCCCCGAUUUAUGUCGUUGCUCGCAACCCAGAUCGCUUUAAGGAACUCGCCACCUCGUUCGACAAUAGUGCUUCUCUCAAACAUCUCACUGACCCCGGGCAGAUACUUCAUUCCUCGAGCGGGCGGCAACCCUGCGUGAUCAUUAGCACAAUACCGGCCGACAGGCCGAUCGACCCCGCCAUGCGCGAGAUUCUCGCUGCCGUGAUUGGAACCCCGGCGCCGGCAGGGAAGCCUCAAGUGCUUCUCGACAUGGCCUACAAACCUGCUGUAACCCCUCUCAUGCAGCUUGCCAAUGAUGCCAACUGCGGCUGGGUGACCGUCCCCGGUCUAGAGGUUCUAUCAUCUCAGGGGUGGUAUCAAUUCCAGCUCUGGACGGGUAUUACUCCCAAGUUCUCUGAUGCCAGGGCCGCUGUUAUCGGCGAGCUAUAA